AGGUCUCCACUGGCGAGAAGUGCCGGACACGAAGCUAUUCGCUGCCGAGCCCCGAGAAGUGCCGGACACGAUGGUGGAGGACGAGGAGACACAGGAGAACGACCAGAGACCUGAGAAUGGAGCUCAGGAGCCCCAAGAAUCGAACCCAGUUGAUUCUGUUAAGGAAAAGGUUCAAACAUUGCUUGAUAACACCCCAACUGAUUUUGGAGCCUGGACAUUACUUCUAUCAGAAAUUGAGAAAACUUCACCUGUAUGUGGCAACUUUUCUGGCUAUGUCCUGCACCUCUAAGAUUUUCACAUGAAUGAUAUACAAAGGAUUUGCUUGGUUUAUGAUGCAUUCCUGUUGGAAUUUCCUCUAUGUUAUGGUUAUUGGAAGAAGUAUGCAAGCCACAAGGCACGACUAUGCACUUUAUAUGAAGUGGAGGAACUAUAUGAACGAGCGCUCAGAGUAGCAACCUAUUCUGUUGAUCUCUGGGUUAGUUACUGUAGCUUUGCUAUGUUAUCAUAUGAAGACCCUGCUGAUAUUCGAAGAUUAUACGAGAGAGGCUUAUCUUUUGUCGGGAAGGAUUACUUGUGCCAUCUUUUAUGGGAUAAAUAUAUUGAAUUUGAAUAUUCUGAGAAGCAAUGGAGUCGCCUAGCUCAUAUUUAUAUCAACACUCUGAGAUAUCCGAUAAAGAAGCUACACAACUAUUAUGAAAGUUUUAAAAAAUUGGUUGCUACAUGGGAGGAAGAGAUUGAAUGCCAGAAAGACACUGAAGUGUCAUCAGAAGUUGUAUUUAACUGUGGAACAGAAAAUGUAAAAGAUUGUGGAUAUGCUGAAAUCUCCAAUGUGAUCCGGAAUCUUUUGGAUCAACAAGAUUGCCUUCCUAGGCCUAAUGCAGUAAAGAAAUACUUAGACAUUGGGGAACUAUUUUAUCAAAGAUCAAAUCAAUUAGACAGAAAGAUUAGUUACUUUGAGGCUCGAAUACGGAGGCCUUAUUUCCAUGUGAAGCCAAUUGAUGAUCAUCAGCUCGAAAAUUGGCAUCAGUAUCUUGACUUUGUUGAGAUGCAGGGGGAUUUUGACUGGACGGUGAAACUUUAUGAGAGAUGCUUAAUUCCUUGUGCUAACUACUCUGAGUUCUGGAUCCGUUAUGUCGAAUUUGUGGAUGCUAAGGGUGGGCGAGAGAUAGCAAAAUAUGCUCUUGAUCGAGCAUUGACAGUUUUUCUGAAGCGAGUUCCAGCUUUCCAUUUAUAUUGCGCAAUGUUCAAAGAGCAAAUUGGUGAUGUUCUUGGUUCUCGUGCUCUGUUUCAUCAAAGUAUUAUGGAUUCAGACAAUGAGUUCAUUGAGAAUAUUAACAGAGAAGCAAACAUGGAAAAACGAAUGGGAAACAUUGAUGCAGCUUGCAUGAUAUAUGAGAAAGCAAUUGAAAUGGCUAAAGAGAAACAUGUCUUGCGAAUUCUUCCAGUUCUGUACACCAAUUUUGCUCAGUUCACAAUUUUGGCACGCGGUAGCAUAGAUGCUGCUAGAGAAGUCUUCAUCAAGGGAAUCCAACAAAUGCCGAGCAAAUCAAUUAUAGAGGGAUUGAUACGCUUUAUAACCGUUCAUGGAGGGGCAGAACAGAUACCAAAAUUAGACUCAAUUGUGGCAAAUGCUAUAGCUCCUGAGUCAGAUGUAUCUAAAGCCUUAAGCUCUCAAGAUCGUGAAGACAUCUCAAAGUUAUUCUUAGAGUUUGUGGACCUCUAUGGAACCAUUCAUGACAUCAGAAUGGCAUGGAGUCGUCACAGGAAACUAUUUCCUCAUAUAAUGAGGCCUUCAUUUAACUACACUGUCCCUGAGAAAAAUACCUUGGACAAGAGCAAGGAAGGAAGAAACCAAAUGUUGGUUUCUCCAUCUCAUCAUGUUUGCAGAGAUGACCACCAUGGUGGCUCUGAUAUGCAUUUAAUGGAUGGCCCACAACUGAAAGACAGUGCUGGUUUUCUGUGUGAAGGGGUUACAAUUGACAAAUUGCAACCAGAAGAAGACAAAAAUUGUACAAGUGAAAGAGAGGAGCAGGUGGAACUUGCUGAAGACAAAAAACAGUCUAUACCAGAAGGAACUGAACUGCAUGUGGAGGUUAAUGGGUUAGUUUAUGAAUGUCCUGAUGAGGCUGAAAACCCAGGUGUCUUGUCAGAACUCUCUGACAUUGGGAACCACAUUAAAGUACUCCCUGACCAUGAAUCAAGUGACCAUUUAAGACCACCUGCACUUGAUAAUCUCUCAAUGAAUUCUCUAGACACUGAUGCUCAGCAGUCCAACCCAAUCACUUCAAAUGAACAUUGUGUUCAUCAGGAAUUAACCUCUGUAUUGGAUGGAAAUGGAGAACAGAAUGAGCACAUUCAUCAGGAAGCAACCGCCGUAUCGGAUGGAAACAAAGAACAGGAUGGGGGAAAUGCAGAUGAGGUCUCAGCAAUUCAUGAACCCGAUCUGAAAGACAUGAAAUCAGACACACCCUCUCGGGCAUGUCUUCAAAAUGAUGACAGUUCUUUGCAUCCAGCUAGUGACUUAGAUCCUUCAGAAUUAGAAAUGAACUCACAGCUCCAAAUGCAAGCCCGGUCACAAACUAAUUCACAUCAAGAUUCACCUGCUAGUGGUGCAUUUCCUCAAAAUUCCAGCAGUGCAGGAAAGUGGUUUCAAAUGUAUUAUGGCAGGCAUGCUUCUGAAGAUUCCAAUACUAGUUCUCAUGGUUAUGUUCAAGUUUCGCAGUCUCAACAGUGGCAGGUUCAUGCACAGUUGCAACACCCUUCUGCUUCGAACUCACAGAUGCUCAUAACUCAUGGUUAUCCAUUUCAGCCUCAGGCUUCGAGUAAUGCACCGGCUUCGAGUAAUGCACCAGAUCAGCAAGCUAACCAAACCCAAGGUCAAUAUCAGAUGGCUGCUGCUCAAGCUUACCCAACUGGAAACCUUGCCUGGCCUGGACAAAAUAUUCAGCAGCAGGGUUUUGUAUAUAGACAGCCGCAAUUAAGCACCCAUACUACUUCCCAACCUCAGCCUGAAGUUUAUCAGCAAUCUGUCCAGGCUAAUGAGCAGUACAGGUAUUCUCACAGUUACCAAGGAUUUGCUCCUCACAUCUGGCAGUACUAUCAGCAACAUCUGUAUUAUCUGCAGCAGCAGCAGCAGCAAAUACAGAACCAUCUGCAGCAGCAGCAGCAGCAGAUUGAACAACAGCAGCAACUGCAACAAAAGCACUAUCAGCAGCAGCAGCAUCCAGAGAAUCAACAAGUGCUGCUUCAGGUACAGCAGCAGUCAAAUAACCAACAAGAAUCACAGCAGCACCUCUCACCAGAGCAAAAUCAAAACCUAGAACUCCAGCAGCAACAGCAAGCAUCCCAAUCUCAGCAACAGAACCUGCAGAUGCACCCCACACAGCAGCAGCAGCAGCAGCAGCUUCUAUAUAUUCAACAGCAACAACACCUGUAUCUCCAGCAGCAACAGCAGCUAUACCUGCAGCAGCAGCUACUCCAGCAACAGUUAUUCCAACAACAGCAGCAGCAACAGCAAUACCAACAACAGGCACAACAGCUAAUUACACAGCAGCUGCAAGGGCCACAAGAACUACUUCAACAGCAGCAGCAGCAGCAGCAGCAGCAGCAGCAACAACAACAGCCACAACUACUUCAACAGCAACAACCACCACCCCAACUUCCUCAACAGCAGCAACAACAGCCAGACCUACUUCAACAGCAGCAGCAACAGCCAGACCUGCUUCAGCAGCAGCAGCAGCAGCAGCAACAACAGCCACACCUACUUCAGCAGCAGCAGCAGCAGCAACAAGAGUACUUCAGCAACAGCAGCAGCAGCACCUAUUGCUGCUCCAGCAGCAGCAGCAGCAGCUAUACCAGCUCCAGCUGCAGCGGCAGCAGCAAAUCAGUGCAUCAGAACUUGAAGCUUUAAACAUCACUUACUACCUUCAGACUGUUCCUAUGCAAUACGGAAAUAAUCAACAAAGGCAGGAUCGUCUCCAGGAGGCUGAGACAUCUCAGGGUGAAGGGGCUAAUCUGCAGACUGCUGAACAAUCUGGUUCUUCUUAUCCCUCCACACCACAGAAGGGUGCCACAAAGCAGUAAAUUGACCAGCAAAUGCACUAAUCUACUGGUAUGGAACUUGUUUCAAUAAAUUUUGUCAAUGUUUUUGCUGUUUCAUUUGCUAGUAAUGGGCUUGUAUCGUUAGUUUUAAGAAACUGGUAAAGAACGACUCAUUUGUCGCAGAUGGAUAUGUAGAGAGAAUUUUCUACACUCUUAUUGAGCAGAUUCCUGAGCAUUUAUCAAGAUCAGUGGUUUCUGCCUUCCAUAUGUACUGCCUGGUCAAAGAAUCCCCUCUUUUAUUACCUGUGGAUCAAGUUUAGUUGUGCCUAGAUGCCAUUUUAUUAAGCCUUAAAGGUCCUAUGAUAAGUUCCCAUGCUGCUUUGAUUCAUAAGCUCUAUGGGCAUCCCACCUUGAAGAUAGGGAAGAAAGCUAGUUGAAUAAGAGCUGUCUUUCUAUUUUAUGGCUGCAAGGAUUUAGGUUACAUUGUCAGCCUUUAUUGCACUAUGCAGAGGCUUCCUGAAACCUGGGUUACGAUAAUGGAAAAGAAAGUCUCCUGAGCUAUAAGCAUGGAAAGCCAUGUAAAAGUGAUCAUCCCAUACAGCAUGCUAACUACAAUCUUUAUGCUUGCCCUCUUCCCCUUAUGAGUAAAAUUUUAGCUAGCCAACAUUUGUAGCAGGCACCAGUUUUGAAAUUCCUGUCUAGCGUCUGAGCCAGUGCGGGUCACUAAGGGGUCUUGUUAUUUAUCUGCAGUACCUGCUGGAAAUCAGAGUUUAGCCGAACUUUUUCAUCAUUCAUCUAUUAAAUUCCCUUAGCAAAAAUCUGAUCACUUUAAGAUCAACAUGACUGCAUCAUUUUUUGCACUGAAUCUUUUGGAUCCCUUCCGUGUGUUGGCCCAAAGUGAUUCCUUGUAAAGAAAAUCAUCCAAGCAUCACCUUAGUGUUGUUGGAUGCUUGGAUAAACAAUUAUCUUGAAAAUGAAGUUUCUUUUGGUUGCCGCUUGAAACCAUUUGGGUUCCUUUUCUACCUCUGAUUGUUGCUCUUUGACUUUCUGGUAAUUACUCAGCACAUACUUUACAGACCACUUCCUCUUCCAGACCUCCCUGCUGCUUAACAGUCUCAUUUCUCUCUAUGCAUAAACUCCAUAUUUUAUGUAAAUUAGCAUUUAGCAAUUAAAGGGACUGAAAUUCCUCUCUUGGAGCCUGAUCUGUAACCCUUUGCACCAUCUGAAUCCUUACAGCUUUUUAGUUUUGGAAUAUAUUGGACAUGAUAUCCUUAUUUCAGAAUUUAGAAAAUUAAAUCUACUGCAAGUAGAAACUAGUUGGGAGCAAAUCGCAUCUGUGCCUUGUUUUAUUUCUAGUUGAUUACACUGUUAAAUAAAAUGUGGCUCAAGUGCACAGGAUGAGUAAUAAAAAGGAUAUGCUUCCGUGGAUAUCAGGUAAGAAAAGUAUAGCAUCAGAAAUGGAUAAAACCUCGGAUUUGUACCUGAUCAAGGAAUGAUAGUGGAGAACUGCCUGAAAUGCUAUAUGUAUCUCCAAAUUGAUAUGAGAAGGCUUGGAUGGUAAACUUGGGUUUGUGUUUUGAGGGGCAUAAAAAGGAAGACUUAAGAUAUAAUGGAUGGAAGUUGUAAAAAGGAUUUGGACAGGAAGAGGGGAGAAAAAACAAUAACAAUGAAUGGAGCUUUUAAUAGGAACAAUGGCAUAGAUCUUCAAUGCUGACCCCAAGGCUAGCUCGUCAUGGUCAUAUUGUGUAGAAGUUUCAAAGGUCAUGGUUAGGGAUUGAACCGAAAAAGAAACUACAUUUGGCAUCUUUUGUAUCCCCAACUAAGUGCCAUUCAUUUUGCAGAAUAACAUCUUUUUUUUUUCUUAAAAAAAAGUAUACGGAUGAGAAAAUAGCAAUAAUCCAUUUGAUAUAUCACUGUGGCCUCAACCUAAGUAAUAUGGGUACUGUGGGAAGCCAUACUCUUCUGGGAAAUGGAUGAGAUAUUUACCUAAACUAGUAUGUCCUUGAGCAGAUCCCAUGUUAGCCCUAAGAUGUUGGUCUCUAACUGGAAAAGUAAAUGCUUAAUCAUGAGAACUUUGUACCCUGAUGGGCCCCUAAAACUCACUAGGAGAAGCAGCAGAAGCUAUUCUUUCUCCAGCACAUGCACAUACAAUAAGUGAUCUUUUAUGUAGUUACUUAGACAAGAAGUGCUUUAUGUUAUUAUUCAAUGGAUAUCAUAAAUGAAAAAACAGAAUCCAAUAUUCUUUCAUCAUGAAUAUGUCCUACACAAAAUUUUAGUAUUGCCAUAAUUAUUUUAUGGAUGUUAGGAUACAGAUGACUAUAUGAAGCAUGCUAAAUGGAAAAAACAACUUUGCUUCUUCGCUCGGUAGGAUACAAGCAAAGGGCUUGUUGGUUGCAUGAGGGAGUUAAAAAAAAAAAAAUGAAGACUUGAAUAGGAGGGUCAUGGGGUGUUCAAAUUGUAGCUCUUAGGUUUGUAAACUCUUAGAAUCUUUGUUCUUUAUCUUCUAGUUCUUUGAUUUUUAAUUUCUAAUUUUAAGUAAUGCUCCUCUUUCAUUGGAGCUUAGUAGCAUGGAAAGGUGUCUAAGAUGAGAACUUCAUAGAGAUCUAAAUAAAUUGUCAUUCUAUCAAACAGUUCAUGUAUUGUUAUUCAGUAAAUCCUUGUAUAUGGUCACCUUGGGAAAAAUAUUUGUCUGCACAUUGUGGUACCCAUAGAUAAGUCUUGAUGUUUACUGUUUUAUAUUUUUGCUUUGUACAUUAUAGCUUGUGGUGCUGAUGUGUGGGACGACAAUGCUUGUUAUUUCCAUUAUUAUGCAUGAACAUCAUACUUUACGGGAACGUAGUAGUGUAACAAACAUUCUCUAUGUCAGAAGAAUAUAAUGCUUGUUAUCUAUUUUGAUCCUACAUUCUAAGAGGUUGGAGCUUAUUUGACCUGGCGGAGGUGUUUGGGCCUUUGGGGAGACAUAAAUAGGCAUGUAAAUGCGAAAUGGUGGUAGUACAAGAUCUUGAUAUCUCAUCAUCAUUUCUAUCUCUGUUCAUCCAUUUUCAAUCUCUCUUGUAAAAGUUGUCGCGAACUCCUUUCAAAGUAGUUUUUUGGAUGAUGAUUCAUAAGCGAGCUGCUUUGCUUGUCACACGGGGAACGCACAUCCAAACAUAACGUGAUGAUAUGUGAAGUUAGGCAGCCUUGUCGGGGAUGGCACCGGCAAUAUCUCUGUCUUGUAGGGGUCCGGUACUGUGGCACGUUAUACAUUGUAUUUGGUUUUAUUACUAGCCGUGUGAACUGUUCCCCUUAAUAGAGUGGACGCUCUUCCCAUUUA